GAUUAUGAAUCGUUAUUGGAAUUUGAAGAAUCUCUUAGAUCUUCAGUUUCCUCCGAUAACUCUAUUUUGCUCUAUAAUUUAGAACUGAAGAUUGACUCUAAUAGACUUACCCAUUUUGAUGAUAAUGAAGAUAUUAAUCAAAAUGAUCAAUAUCUGUUUGAUGAUUUAACAUCAAUUAUGAAUAAUUAUGACUUUAAGAAUGAUGACUUCACCACUUGUACCAAUUGUGGUAAAUCAUUAUCAAAUCCAGAAAAUUAUUCAAAUUGUUGUCAAAAUUUUGUUGAUCUGCAAUCAACUAUAUCAUCAUCAUUAGAAAAAUCUUAUUGGUUAUCUUUUAUUAAUAAUCCUUCAAGGACUAUUAAUACUUUACCAAAUUAUACUGAAAUGUUAUUUUUACAACAAGGAAUUCCUUGUCAAUUAAGAUCAAUGAUUUGGCAAAAAUUAAUUUUAAUUGAUUGUCAACAUACUAAAAAUAAUGUUCCUAAAACUUCAAAAUUAAUUUAUAAUAAUUUCCAACAUUCUUAUACUGCAUCAAUUUCCAAACAAAUUAGUAAAGAUUUAUGUCGUACAUUUCCUUCAGUUUCUUUUUUCAAAAUUGAUAAAACAAUUGAAGAUUUAUCAACUAUUUUAAAUGUUUAUGCUAAUUAUGAUGUUGAAUUAGGUUAUUGUCAAGGUCUUUUGUUCUUAGUGGGAGCUUUACAUUAUCAUUUUAAUGAUGAUUGUAUCUUGACUUUCCAUUCAUUAUGUAGUAUAAUGGAAUCAGAAAGAGAAUUACAUGAUAUUUUCACCACUUCUUUAAUGUCCUCAACUUUAAAUAAAUGGUAUAAAGAAUUUUGUUCAAUUUUAUCAAAAAUUGAUAAUGAUUUAUAUAAUCAUAUGAUUAAAUUUGUGGAAUUUCAAGUAUUUCUAUUCCAAUGGUGGUUAUCCUUUAUUUCAAGUCAUACUCCGGAUUUAUCAAUUGUUAAUAGAAUUAUGGAUUUUUGUCUUAUUCAAGGUUGGAAAGUUGGUUUUUUCAAAAUUUCAAUUGGUUUAUUAAUUGUUAAUAAACCAAUUAUUAUGAGUUUAAAAGAAGGUGAUGAAGAAGUUGUUUAUCAACAUUUAUUAAAUGAUUCAAAAUGGGGGAAUAUAAUUAAUGAUUUAGAUAUGUUUUUCGGUAAUUUAUUAUUAUCUUGGGAUGAUUCAUUAUUUUUAAAAUUAGUUGAUUCGUCUUGUGCUUUGGAUAUUGAUAAUAAUUCUCAACAUUCAAGAACUGGUCUGUCAGUUAUUGAUAAAAUUAAAGGUUUUAAGAUUAAUAAUUCGAAUUCUUCGAUAUCUUCUAAUUCUUCAAUGAAUAGAAAUAGGUCGGAUUCUGAUAAUUCUUAUAAUAAUUCUCAACCAGAUAAUAAUAAUUCUUCGUUAUCGGUUUUUUCAUUAAAAUUAAAUAAACCUUCA